AUGUCUUACGAAAACGAAGGAAUCAGUGUCAAAGACACAAACAACACUACCUCUUCAAACUCCACCUCUGAUGGAUAUGUCGCUGGUCACUUCGGUCCCCUCGCCCACGUCAACACCGCCUCAAGCCGCUACCCUGCCUUCGGCGGUGAUCUCCAGCCAGGUCUAUAUCGCCUGCCCAAGGACCGCAAAAUCGCCAAUCCUGCCCCGUUAGGUCUCUGCGCCUUUGCGCUGACGACCUUCGUUCUGGGAUGUAUCAACAUGAAUGUCCGCGGCGUGACCGAGCCCAACAUGAUUGUUGGGCCUGCGUUGGCUUAUGGUGGCUUGGUGCAGCUUUGCGCUGGCAUGUGGGAAAUGGCUGUGGGUAAUACCUUCGGUGCCACUGUGCUUUCGUCCUAUGGCGGAUUCUGGAUUUCGCUCGCUAUCACUUUCAUUCCUGGCGGAUUCAAUAUUAUGGGUGCUUUGGAGAAAGCGGACAACGGGGAACCGACUAUGUUUUACAAUUCUUUCGCGCUGUAUCUAUUCGGCUGGUUCAUCUUCACCACGCUGGUCACGUUGCUCACCCUCAAAUCGACCGUGGCGUUCUUCUCCCUCUUCUUCUUCGUCGAUAUAGCCCUCCUCCUACUCGCUCUCGGAUACAUUCUUCAAGCGGACGGAAUGCCCAAUGAAAAGUUGCUCAAGGCCGGCGGACUCUUUGCUCUUCUUGGAGCUUUCUUAGCUUGGUAUAAUGCCUUUGCAGGGAUUGCUGAUAGCAGCAAUAGCUUCUUCUUGCCUCCUGUUGUGCACUUCCCUUGGUCUGAGAAGAAGCGCUCUGCUAGAAGGGAGGCUGAUGAGGGUGAGGCUUGA